AUGCGAGUACGAAGACGAACGGGCGCCGAAGUCCGCGAUAGAAAGGCCAUUUCCAAGGUCAUUGCGGUCAUUGCUCCUAGAUUGCUGGUAUCACUCUGGACCGCAUCAGCAACCUUGGGUUUCGACCGAGCGUUCAAGUUCCCUACUUGCAACCUGGCGGAGACAAGUCGAAUGGCUAUCAUCAACACUGCGAAGUGUAGCAUUCUCAAAGCAGAUGUAGCAGUGGCCAUUCUUAUGGCCUUCCUCUGCCUUCUAAUACCGUCGAGUGAACCUCGACGCAAAGAUGAGAGUCUAGACACCGUGGCAGAUAGCAGUCGUCAGAAUCUAUCCAAUAGCGGGCACUUUCAGAUGUCAGACGACGGCAGCUGGACGCUUGCCGGAAGUGCGCCUUUCUCUGGAGUGAAGUCACAGUCAUGCGAAGUGCACCGGCCAUCGUCCUCCAGACCAAGCACGGUGUACAACACCAUACAAAAGCCGCGAUAUCAAGGUAUAGGGCCGUUGUUGUUCGAGCAGGAUCGAAACGAGCACCCUGCAAACAAAGCCAAUGACUCUGCAUCCGAAUUUCUUCCGUCUCCUCUCAAUCUCAAAACUCCAUUUCUGCUUGACCGUCCAGGUCUUGAGACUGCUAAGGCACCUUCACCGCUAUCGAGAAAUCGAUCAGCGCCCAAUCCUAGGCAUUCAAAGUCGCUGGUACCCCGGCGAUUGAGCAUCCGUCGCCCCAAUCUACCAGCCACCAUGGCCGCAGCAACUGUAGCAUCAUCCGUAUACAGCCAAUCUUCAGACGAAUACGACGGCUCCAUCGACGGCAACUCCACAAGCUCAGAAGGCGACCUAGCAACAGCCAGCGCCUUCACCUUCGAACGCGUCCUGCACCCGCAAUCACAAGAGCUCCCCAGGUCCCGCGGCGCAACAAAGACAUCUCGCUCAACCUCUGGACCAGGAAUGCCUCUCUCGGAGCUACAAGCAUACGUCCAGAACCAGCAGAGUUACUACGAGCGGCACCCUCUCCCUUCCAUCGGCAGCCCCCUCAGCACCGAAUACCGCCGCCGCUCAUCCUCCUUACCCUCCCAACCCCCUCAGAUUAAACACUCUCCUCCCGACUACCCCUUCCUCUCCAUCGAUCCUGCUUCCGCGAAACAGCCGCCCAACCAGCAGUCUGGACGUGCGAGCAUCGAUACAGCUUUAUCUCCGCCUAUUGCGACGAAGAGCCCGUAUGAGCAUCUGAGGAAGGAGUCGAGUCUGGUACAAUUCCCGGCUUCGUCAGGUGGGAGGACGGAGUUGGAUCGCAGACUGGCGGAGGCGGCGGCGAAUGCGGAUGCUACUGCUGGGAGUAGGAGAAGGAGCUUGAGUGGGGAGAGGAGGAAGGUGACGAAGAAGAGACAGCCUCAUUCGUGA